AGCUGUUAAACUGUUGGUUGUAAUUUUGUGUUUUGAUGCUGUGUGUUGGGGGAAAUUGCUCAACAGAAAAAAAAAUGCAAUGACUUUAAGAAAAGGAAGCAAAAAAAGUCAUCAUUAAAUAUUUAGAAUAAUUUAAAAACAGGAAGAGUUCAGUGCUGUGAGUAAUCACAUGGCUCAUGUAUGUAGAAAUAUAUAAAUAGAUGAAAUAGUUUGUCACUGUGCUUCAUCACUGUGGGCUAGAAGGUGAAGUGAUGUGUUAAACCACACUGCGGGAAAUACAGAUUCAGGAAAAUAAGUAAUGGAGGAGUUGGACCCAGAGGAGCAGUUUCUCCGGGACGCCAGAAAUGGGAACCUACCAGGAAUUCAAAGGCUUUUGAUGUCUAAAAUAAAAGAUGAAGCAAAAUUUGACAUCAACUGUAAAGGCAGGAGCAGGUCAAAUUUUGGAUGGACUCCUCUUCAUCUGUCCUGCUACUUCGGACACAGAGAUGUGGUGGAAGAGUUGCUAAAGGCUGGAGCAGACGCCAAUCUGACGAACAACGUAGGUGACACACCACUCCAUAAAGCAGCAUUCACAGGACGACCGGAGGUGGUGAUGCUGCUGCUUCAGUACAACGCCUGUCCUUCAGUCAUUAACGGCUCGGCUCGGAUUCCCAAAGAUGUCACGCAUGACGAGGAGAUCAGGAGCAUGUUAGAGGCGGCUGAGAGAACUGAGGAGAGGAAGUUGGAGGAGCAGGUGUUAGAAGCAGCUCGAGAAGGAGCAACAACUACCCUGCUAAAACUGCUGAACAGGGAGAAACCUCCAAACAUCAACUGUACAGACCUGCUGGGUAACACGCCAUUACACUGUGCUGCAUACAGAGGCCAGAAACAGUGUGCAAUCAGACUGCUGCAGAACGGAGCCAACCCCAACAUCAAGAACAAGAACGGUCAGACUGUGUUUGAUCUUGCGAAGGACACCGAGAUGAGACGGAUUCUGGAGGGCAGUUUGAUGAAAGGUCUGAGGCGUUACGUUCAGACAUUUGAUGGUCCUCUUUGGAAGAGCACCAGGUUCUUUGGCUGGCGUUCCUGCUGGGUCGUUCUUCAAGAUGGAGUUUUGUCAUGGUACUCAAAACAGUCUGAUGCUGCAUCCAGCAUUCAUAGUAAAGGCUGCAAAGCCCUGACCCAGGCCCAGUGUAGUACUAAAGACAGCUGCUACUUUACAGUCAAGUGCUUUGAUGACAGCGUCCAUUCUUUUAAAGUCUCGCCGAAGGGUGACCCAGAAACCACCAGAAAAAAAUGGUUGGAAGCUAUCGAGGCACACUCUGCGUUCAGCACUCAUUACUGCUCGCAGGAUCAGGGCAGUGAAGAAGACGAGGAUGAGGUGCUAUCACUGGGCGAGCUGAUGGAGUCUCUGCAGCAGGCUGAGACAUGUCAUGGGAAGUUGGAGUCUGAGGUGUUGUCCCUCCUCUCCAUGGUGAAAGAGGAUGCCCUCGGUGAAGGCCUCCCAGUGGCUGUGCUGCAGAAGCUCAAAGAGGUGUGUGAGGCAUCCAGCAAGACCUGUUCAUCUCUCCGUCAGUGUCUCGACUUGUUCUUCAAACAGGAAGGGGCACGCAGCUUGAAGCUGGAACAGGAAGUGGAGAAGAACAAGAUCCUGUCAGAGGCUUUGCAGACUUUGGCUACAGAGCAUCAUGAGCUGGAGCGGUCUGUGGUUCAAGGCUCAUCUCCCCGUAGUGCCAUUCUCAGCGAGGAUGACUUCUACGAUGCGCUUUCCCAUUCCGACUCGGAGCAUUCACAGAGCUGCCUAGAGUUGAGUUGCUCGUUCGAGAACGGAGACGAGGGCCACUCGGAGCUCUAUUAUAGCGUGCCGAGUUGUCUCACUGGAGGGAGGAUGUCUCAGGAGGAUUGGCAUGGUGAUGAAGAGGAGGAGGAUGAAGGAACCAAACCCAGUGGAGCCAGAAAAUACAGGACAAGUUUGCCGGCGCCCAUGUUUUCCAGAAACAACUUCAGCAUCUGGAGUAUACUGAGAAAGUGCAUUGGCAUGGAGUUGUCUAAGAUCACCAUGCCAGUCAUCUUCAAUGAGCCGCUCAGCUUCUUACAGAGACUCACAGAGUACAUGGAGCACACUUACCUCAUCCAGCAGGCUUACGACUCCACCGACUCCAUUGAGAGGAUGAAGUGUGUAGCAGCGUUUGCAGUGUCUGCAGUGGCGUCUCAGUGGGAGAGGACUGGGAAACCCUUUAACCCCCUGCUGGGAGAAACGUAUGAGCUUGUCAGAGAUGAUUUGGGUUUCCGGGUGAUCUCGGAGCAGGUGAGUCACCAUCCUCCAGUUAGUGCUUUCCACGCUGAGGGCCUGCAGAAGGAGUUUAUUUUUCAUGGGUCCAUCUACCCCAAACUGAAGUUCUGGGGUAAAAGUGUGGAGGCUGAGCCGAAAGGCAUCAUGACUCUGGAGCUGCCCAAGUAUAAUGAGGCGUACACGUGGACAAACCCGACAUGCUGCGUUCACAACAUCAUCGUGGGGCAGCUGUGGAUUGAACAGUACGGUAACGUGGAGGUGAUCAACCACAGAACUGGAGAGAAGUGCUGUCUCAGCUUCAAACCUUGCGGUCUUUUUGGCAAAGAGCUGCACAAAGUUGAGGGCUACAUUCUUGACAAAAGCAAAAAGAAAGUGUGUGUUCUGUAUGGGAAGUGGACAGAGUGCAUGUAUACAGUGGAUCCAGCAAUGUUCGAGGCUUACAAGAAGAAUGAGAAGGUCGCAGAUGGGAAGAAAAGCAGUAAAGAGGGGUCCAGCGCGGAGUCUGAUGAAAGCCCACAACUAGGCAGUGACUCUUUGGAGGAGAUUCCAGGCAGCCACUUACUCUGGAAAAUCGCACCACGACCAGCCAGCUCCACUCAGAUGUACAGUUUCACAUCAUUUGCCAUGCAGCUAAAUGAGCUGGAUGAAGAGAUCAGAGCUGUUAUUCCCAAGACCGACUGCAGACUGAGGCCUGAUAUCCGCGCCAUGGAAAAUGGAAACAUUGACUUGGCAAGUGAGGAGAAAAAGAGGUUGGAGGAAAAACAGAGAGCAACACGCAAGAGCCUAGCCAAGUCAGACGAGGAAUGGAAGACGAGGUGGUUUCACCAGGGUCCAAACCCUCAUACCAACUCUCCAGACUGGCUCUUUUCCACUGCUUACUGGAACCGAGAUUAUUCCCAAGUGCCUGAUAUUUACUGAUGUGGUCUACCUACAAUGUCUUCAAGCUAAUUGGGCCAUUUGGGGAAAUUUGUGUGAUGGACUUGUUACUUAGAUUGAACAAGUUUAUCAUACCUGCAAGCUCCCUUUAUAUUAUAUUAUUUAUUUAUUUAUUUUUUAAAAAGAGGAAUAAUUCUUCAUGCAUAUAAAUUACACAGGUGGAGUAAUUUGAUUCAGUAAUGUAAAGUCAAUCCUGUGAUGGUUUCUUAAAUAAGAAAAAUGUAAUUAUCUUUGAGGAUAGAAAUGAAAGAGGGGUUUUUUUUGUGCUUUGGAUUCUCAGUGGUGGCAUUUUUAAAUUAUGAACGAGAAUUGCAUUUGUAUGACAAUCAUUCCCUUUUCUAAACGAUUUAGAACACUACUAGUUUGUAAUUAUGUACUAAACUUUGUAUUAUUUAUUUCAGAGCUCUUUUUGUGCUUAACUUUUUCAUUAAUGUACUGAAUAUUUAAUGCAGAUAUGCAGCUUUACUCAUGCUUCUUCAGCUUGGAUUUUAUUUUUUGUUCUCAAUAAUGAAGAGACUAACUGUUUUCACUGUCUCAUGUAGUGAAGUGACUCAUUAUGGUGUGUGCGUUUGCGCACGCAAGAGUGUGUGUGUGUGUGUGUGUGUGUGUGUGUGUGUGUGUGUGUGUGUGUGUGUGUGUGUGUGUGUGUGAGAGAGAGAGUGUUUAUCCUAUACAUGAAAAUCUAAUAAUGUGAAAUAUUACUCCACCGUAAGCAGAUGUUUAACUCCAGUGGUUUAAAGUUGAUGAGGUUGUGAUGGAUUAUUUGAAGUGCUUGAUGCAUUUCAUUUUAACAGUUUAAAUUUUAAUAACACUUACUGCUGUUUAUUUUAUAGUUAUUCCAGAAUUAUGUAAAUUUAUUAUUUGGCAUUGUUUUGUGUACAUCACAAGGUUGUAUUAGCUGGAUUUACUGGCUUGGUGAAUAAAACCCAAAGUAGACCCA